UGCGCCCCGACCUCCGCCGCCAUCUUGGUGCGGGGCGGGCGGGCUCUGUUGCUAGGCGACAACCACAAACAGAAAGCCGGCGGCAACGUGUGGAGGGAAGGAGUCAGGCGGCAGUGUAUACGCAACCGAAUAUGGAAGAAAAAUAACCUUCAAAAUGGAUGCAUAGAAGUAAAAGAUCUGUCUUAAGCAUCAAACCUUUCAGUCUUCUAAUAUGGAAGAGAUUGCAGUGAAAGUUGCUGUGAGGAUUCGGCCUCUCCUUCCGAAAGAGAUCCUUCACAACCAUCAAAUUUGUGUUCGAGUUGUUCCAAACACACAACAGGUUGUGAUUGGGAGAGAUCGUGCUUUCACAUUUGACCUUGUAUUUGGCCAAAAAUCAUCACAAGAAGAUGUAUACUCAGCUUGUGUAAAGCCUUUAGUGACAUCAGCAAUCGAAGGUUACAAUGCCACUGUAUUUGCUUAUGGACAGACAGGAUCUGGAAAAACGUAUACAAUUGGAGGUGGACAUGUUGCUUCAUUUUCUGAUGAGUUGAAAGGGAUUAUUCCACGUGCCAUUAAUGAGAUCUUCCAAAAUAUUGCGGAAAAUCAUAACAUAGACUUCAAUGUGAAAGUAUCCUACAUUGAAGUGUAUAAAGAAGAGCUAAGGGACCUUUUGGAGUUACAGAGCACCAGCAAAGACAUUCAUAUUCGAGAAGAUGAAAAAGGAAACACAGUGAUCAUUGGCGCCAAGGAGUGCGAGAUUGAGACACCAGAUGAAAUGAUAAGUCUUUUGGAGGCUGGAAAUGCAGCCCGACACACAGGCACCACCCAGAUGAAUGAACACUCCAGCCGAUCACAUGCUAUUUUCAUAAUGUUCCUCAAUCAAAAACGGCCUAAAAGUGAACCACAAUCAAGUAAUAAUAAUGAAAAUAUUACAGAGGAAUCACAGAUGUCAUUUCAGUUGAUCUCUUCCAAAUUUUGCUUUGUUGAUCUUGCUGGUUCAGAAAGGGUUACAAAAACAGGGAACACCGGCGAACGAUUUAAGGAAUCGAUUCAAAUAAACAGUGGUCUCUUGGCACUUGGAAACGUGAUCAGCGCCCUUGGAGACCCAAAGAGAAAAAGUAUACACAUUCCAUAUAGGGAUACUAAGAUAACUCGUUUGCUUAAGGACUCUCUUGGAGGGAAUGCUAAAACUACAAUGAUUGCCUGCAUUAGUCCUUCUUCAUCUAACUUUGAUGAAUCCCUUAACACACUGAAGUAUGCCAAUAGAGCCAGGGACAUAAGAAACAAACCUAUUGUAAAUUAUGACCCGGACUGGGAUCGCAUAGAUGAGAUGGAACUACAAAUUAAAACACUUCGGGAAGCGCUACAGAAUCAACAGACAAGUCUACUGACUCAUGCCAACCAGACAUCACAAGACUUGUUAAGUCAGGAAAAAAAACGGAUCCAUUCCCUUGAAGAGCAGGUGGCCCACCUACAAGUGGAAAGCUAUCAUUAUAAACAUUGCAUAGAUGAAGCCUCACACUUGCUUUUGGAAGUUAGAGAUGCAAACAAUUUGAAAGCAAGCCAACAGCAAAAAAUGAAGGAAUGGUUCAACCUGGUAGAAGAACUACAAAAUGAAUUGACUGACACAAGUGGUGUCGAGGGUGGAGUUGGAAAUGGAGGACAAGAUUCUCAUCAUAUUACAAUAUUUCAAUUGAAAAGGGAGUUGAAAAAAUGCCAGGAUAGCCUGGCUACAGAUGAAGAAUUAUUCAGUCAAAAAGCAGUGGAGUUGAAGGAAAUGCAGAGGCAAACAUAUGCAUUAGAACAGGAAAAAGAGAAACUUUUGGAAACUUUAAGAGAAUCGCAAGAAAGAUGCCGCAUUCAAAAUGAUAAAAUGAUUGAACAGCAGCUUAUUAUCGAUCAACUCCAGAAAGAGUUACAGGUCCUUAAAUAUGACAAGUUUUCACAUCAUAGCAGAUAUUCAGAUGAAGCAACUUUAGAUGUGACCUCAGCAAGAAGACCUCAUACUGUGCCAUUGCCAAAUGUUCAUCUGAAGUCUUUCAGUAUAAUACAGUCUCAUCAAACUGGACCUAACACAGACUCCAGAAAGGUGCACACAAGCCCUCCUUCAUAUGCCCUUGAUAGGGUGAUGGCAGAGUUUCGAACACGCAGUCAAAUGUUAAUAGAGCAACUUGAAGAGCAUGAAGAGGUUCUUCACCAUAAAUUAACUGAUGAUAGUGAUGAUGAGGAAGAAGAAAAGAAGAAAGAAAAUAUUAAUGUGCAGCCCUCCAGGUCUUCAAUAAAUCGGACUUGGACUCAGAAGCAAGCCUGUGUGAUGAGUGACAUAAAGUUAUUUAAAAAAGACUUCGACGUGAAUGAUCAAGAACAAGAUGGCAAUGCAACGAACUUUGAGUCACAGAAAGUCCCACAAAAGAAUUCCCCCUCAGAGACUGACUGCUUGCGUCAAAGUCAAGUAUUAAACAUGAAGAAAUUGAAGACCGUAGACAUGGAUGUGGCUCAUUCUAAGCAGAAGAUAAGAGAGCUUGCCAUCAAUAUUCGCAUGAAGGAAGAGCUCAUCAAAGAACUGGUUAAAACAGGUAAAGAUGCUCAGGCUGUGAAUCGACAGUAUUACCAAAAAAUUACUCAGUUGGAACAAGAUGCUGAGCAGGCUAAGACUGAGCUGACUGAAGCUCAGAAACAACUACAAGAACUGGAGAACAAGGAGCUCAGGGAUGCUGCAGUAAAAGUCAAGUCAAAAGAAUUCCGCAAGAAGAUGAAUCUGCCAAAGCUAAAUGUUGAGACCUUGCAGAAGAAACAGCAAGAAACGAAGAAGCUGUUUGCUAUGUCAACACAGAAUGAGAAACGAUUGACCCAAUUGAGCCAGAAUGUGGAAAAUAUGAAAAAACAACAACAAUUACUCCAGAAAAAAUUGCAAGAAGAAAGUGAAAAAAAAAGAAAACUGGAAAAUGAGAUUCAAAGAGAUCAACAACGAAUCAAAGAGCUGGAAUUAAAGCAUGAGCAACAGCAGAAAAUCCUGAAAAGAAAAACUGAAGAAAUUACCCAUCUGAAGAAAAUGAAUUACUCACCUGUUAUUUCACAGGAGCAGCAGAUUGAUGAGCAACGCAAAUGGUUGGAUGAGGAGGUAGAAAAGGUUCUGCACCAAAGGCAAGCUCUAGCUGAGUUGGAAGAGGAUUUGAAAAAAAGGGAAGUUAUUGUAGAGAAAAAGGAAGCACUAUUGCAGGAGAAAAGCCAAUUAGAAAUUAAAAAGUUGCGUUCCAGCCAGGCUCUGAACAAAGAUAUUUUAAAUUUAUCCACUCGUUUAAAGACAAUUGAAAAAGAAUUAUCAGACAAGAGCACUCAACUUCAAAAUAGUACUUUGGAAGAAAGUAAAACCAUCUCAGAAGAGAUACAAGUACUUCAACAGGAACGAACUCAACUUCUGAAAAGAAGGCAAUAUCUAGAUGAGAAACUAGAGCUAGGAAAUGUUCUGUCACCUGAGGAGGAGCGAAUACUACUACAAUUAGAGGAAGGUAUUGAAGCUCUGGAUGCUGCUAUAGAAUACAAAAAUGAAACCAUUCACCAUCGCCAGCAUUCAUUGAAAGCCUCGGACAGUGGCCUUGCCCAAAAUGAAGAGAAUGUGAUGUUUAGGUUGGGUGCUUUGUCAGCUGCUGAAACAAGAGUUCUUCUCUGCAGAUAUUUUAAUAAGGUGAUUAGCCUGCGUGAAAUUGAACGCAACUUGCAGGUUCAGUGUGCAGAAAUGUCUGAGAAAGUAACUGAACACGAGAAUAUGGUCCAUGAAUUAGAAUCUGCAGUGGAGCGUUUGUCAAUGGAGAUAGACCGACGAUUGACAAUGCAACAAAAGGAACAUGAACAGAAAAUGCAGCUGUUGUUACAGUAUUUUAAAGAGAAAAGUGGUGAAAACUUUGCAGAUGGUAUUAAAGGAUAUGAGUCAAAGAUCCAACAGCUGGAGAAGGACUUGUACUUUUAUAAAAAAACAAGCAGAGAACUGAAAAAGAAAUUGCGUGAAAUGGCUGAAUCGCAGUAUCAGAAUCAGCAAGUUGCAGCUUCAAGAAGCAAUGGUACUGGUGAUGCAGCAUUAAGUCCAAUAGGAGCAGAUAUUUGCACAAAGGAUCAAAAGUGGGCUUCAAGACCAUCUAAAAGUAUUGAAGAAUAUAAUAGUACUCCUGCAACAUCUGGAGCAAACAGGAACCAAAAAUUGUGGGAGAAAAUUUCUGAAACGGCUCAUAGUCAAGGCUCCACAAGAAUGACUUCUGAACAAGAGGAUUCACUCAGUUUAGAAGUAAUAGAUGAUGCUCAACAAUCCAAAGGCUCAUCAUCCAAAUCUACUCAAAUUUUUGAAAAGCCAUUGCAUAUCAUUACUCCUGUAAGAUUAUCUCGCAAAGAGUUGCGGCAGAUUACUACAACACAAGUGUCCAUGAGGCGCUCAAGUUUCAGUAGCAGUGUGAGCUCUGUCCCUACAGAUUCUAUUGAGAUAACCAGAAAAUCUCUGGACUUAAAUACAUAGCACAGCAUUUGUUAAUUCUGAAUCUUGCACUGUUGUUGUUUUGGUAUGACUCAAACUAAUUAUUAGUUUGGCUGGCAAAGUAUAUCUUUGAAAAUAUGUGCUACCUUUAGGGAAUGAUUCAUUGUGAACCUGUUGCAAUGGGAGUCAGAACAUUUACUGAAAUAGCAUCACUAGCACAGUCAAAAAAUUCUGUAUGCAGUGUUGUCUCCCAAGAUUUCUGUGUUUUCUGCAAAUGGCAUCUGAAGACUACUGUAUGAUAGUUAUCUGCACAUUCAAGGAAGAAUGCACUGACGGAAUACUAAUUGAUGUUACGUGAGAGCAAGAUCACACAAAAUGGUGGGAAUAAAGCAAUGACCCGUGCAUUGUUUAAAGGGCUAACUGAAAAAUCCUAUUCCGGAAGACUGAAACACACUUCAUUUACGUAAUAAAUAGCUCUCCAAAUCCAACUUUUCACCAUUGUUGGGAAACAGAAUCUAAACUUAUUUGGGUUAAGUUUAAUCAGCUACUCAUAACCGGUGGAUGAAUUUAUGCACUUAUUUAGAUUGUGAAAAUCACUUUUCAAUCGGUUUCUUGUUUGAGGAAUAUGAGUACUGAAGUUAGUACCACAGGCAACAAAAACAGCUUAUAAUAUCAUUUCCAACAAAAUUGAUUGAAGAAUUAGGAAGUUUUAUACUUACUAAUAGUGCUACCUUGACUCAAUUUGUGGUAUGCUUGCAGAUGAUAGGAUAAUUUUCAACUGCUGUGCUUGAUUCAAGCCUCAUUCCAGCAGUUCACUCUAUAAAGCUGAUAUGCUCGUGCUGUACUGCUUAUUAUUGCUGAUCCAAUGACAUUAAAAUAAAGCCUUAUCUGCUCGUUCAGGUGGAUAUAAAAGAUCCCAUGCCACUAUUUGUUGAAGAUUAGCAGUAUUCUCCUGAUGUGUUGGCCAUCUUCCUUCUCUUCCUCUCUAAACAGUACCAAAAAUGAUUGGACUGGCCUUGUAUCUUGGUGAAAAUUGCUUUUAUAUUUGUUUGCCUGACUAAUUACAUUUCAAAAUUAAUUCAUUGACUGUGAAGGCUUUAAAUAACUUGAGAAGUUGAAAGAGAUUAUAUAACUGAAACUUCUUUAUUUUCAUUUAAUUGGUUCUCUGCCCAUUUCACUUUGUAAAAGAUCAGUAUAGCCAAAAUAAACAAAGUGAAGGGAACUGGGUGGUGCUUUGGGAUUAAUAAAUACUUUCAUUUAAGUACAAAUCCACCCCAAACAGAUGAGAUGAUAGUAUGCUGUCUACUAGCUUAUAAGGGACCCUCGUGGAAUAUGCUUGGGUAAAUCAUUUCAGCUCCACUUAGCAGAAAUCUCCAGCAUUAAACUAUCCUUAUUUUGAUCAUAAAUUGCAAUUUACUCGGCAGUAGUCUGAAAAAAAAGUUACACCGUAGCAGCAGAAAAUGCUGUUAUGAGGUUAGGGUUGAGGCACAUUGUUGGGACAACCAGAAGCAGGUUUAUUCUACAUUGGUUGUACUAUACCUGACCUUUGGGAACGCUUCAGAGUGACAUUGGAAAACAUUCUAUUAACCAGAGAUAAUGUAGGUUUUUUUGUAACAACAUGGAAUUUAUCAACACAGCUCAAGCAACAAAUGUAACAUCAGAAAAUGAAAUCAUGCUUGUAGGAAUAAAGGUUCUUCGGUCAGCAAGCAUCCACAACCAAUUAAAGAGUGCUGUUAUUUCCCAGGUGUACAGUAUUCAUUAUGUUUCAAAUGUAGUACACAUCUGUACAGUGUCACAGUCAGUUAUUCAGUGUUCUGAAUAUUUUGUUCACUUUUGUACUUUAAUGAGUGUCUUAGUAUUCCAGUUUA